GCCCGCUGCCUCGCGCCGUAGUAUCCCGGUUCAAACGGCGCGCGCGCACGGGAUCUAGCGCAGCGCGCUCGCUGCCAUGUCAGUCCACGUACUUUGGCUGGUAGUGUUUGCGGUCAUCGCGCCGCCCUCUGGAGUGAGCACGCAACAAGAUGGAUAUAAUCGAGGAGACAUAGAGGACAACAGUAUAUAUCCGAGUCAGUGGCCUUCAUUUUCUUCGCAAGGCUACUAUCAAGCUCCGGCUGAGAACAGCUAUUACGGUCUCUCCGGCAGGCCUGACCUGCCGGUUCCAUCUCCGACUGCCCCAGAACCUCCCCCGGCGCAGUAUCCCAGCUACGGACAAAACUUUGCUGUUUACGACCCACUUACAAGACGAAGGACGACAGCUUUUGACCGCAACUGUACCGCGCCCGGAUGCUGUGUCCCCAAAUGUUUUGCGGAAAAAGGAAACAGGGGCUUCCCUGGCAGACAGGGACCGCCGGGCUUGCAAGGUCUACAAGGUCAUGAAGGCAGUGAAGGCCCCCAAGGUGCAAAAGGUCAGAAAGGACAAAUCGGGCCUCAAGGUCCACAUGGACCAAAAGGAGACAGAGGUAGAACUGGAGCGAAGGGUUUCACUGGAUUGGCUGGACCACCGGGUCCUCAGGGAGAACCUGGAAUGUACGGGAUCCCUGGUCGUGACGGAUGCAACGGCACAGAUGGUCCACCGGGAGAGUUGGGGCCAAAAGGAAAUCAAGGUCCACGUGGAGUCCCGGGUGUUAAAGGAGAGAAGGGAUAUAAAGGAGAACCAGCGCACGUCGGCCGAUAUAGUAAAGGACAAAAAGGUGAACCUGGAGCCGACGGGAUGCAGGGACCCCAAGGUCCUGUUGGACCAACUGGGGCGCCUGGUCUCCCUGGCCCGAGAGGCAAUACAGGACCAAUGGGACCAAGUGGAAUAAAAGGAGAUAAGGGAUCAAAAGGAUCUAAAGGUCAAUCGAUACAAGGAAAUAAAGGUGAUAGGGGAGAUCGAGGAGACAGAGGACCCAGCUGCCCAUCGUCAUAUUUACCUGCUCAUGGUAACAAGGGAGCAAUAAAAGGAGUAAAAGGAAAUAUGGGUGCAAAAGGUGAAAAGGGUGAACAAGGUAGAAUAGGUGAGAAAGGAGAUACCGGUAUAAUGGGUGAGCAUGGACUGCCUGGCCAAAUGGGGGUUAAGGGAGAAAAAGGAAUACGAGGAAAUCCCGGAGAUAUAGGCCCUCGCGGUAUGUUUGGUCCACCUGGACCCAUGGGACCUAAAGGUGAUACUGGUGAAAAUGGGUUGGCCGGCCUUCCCGGUAGAGAUGGUGCUAAAGGAGAACCCGGUAAAGAUGGUUUACCAGGCUUAAGAGGCUUAAAAGGUGUACCUGGCCCACCUGGAGGUAGGACAGGCUCUCAGGGUCCACCUGGUCCACCAGGACCUAGAGGUUAUAUGGGACCAUCAGGACCCCCAGGAACAGAUGGACAGCCUGGCGAAAGAGGAUCGCAAGGGCCUAUGGGUCCUACUGGAGGACAAGGUGAACCUGGAACGCCAGGCAGUGAAGGCCCUCCAGGACAUAAAGGCUCUAAAGGAGAAGCAGGGUUGGAUGGUUUACGGGGUGAGAUGGGUCCUAGAGGCUAUGAUGGUCCUACUGGACCCCCUGGCCCUCGUGGGCCCAGUGGUCAAGAUGGCAUUUCAAUCCCUGGAGAAAAGGGUGUCGGCGGUCAGCCAGGAUUGCCCGGAGAAAAAGGUCAAAAAGGAGAACGUGGUUAUAACGGACUUAGGGGUGUACCAGGAAACUCAACUUUAGGUACUCCUGGCAGCCCAGGUGAAAUGGGACCACCUGGAGAGAAAGGAGAAAAGGGAACUCCGGGCUUCAAUGGUUACCCUGGGAACCCUGGAGAAAAAGGAGAUAUUGGAGGACGUUGUAAUGAAUGCUGGCCUGGCGAAGCAGGGCAGAAGGGCGAUCGUGGCUUCCCUGGUGUUCCAGGUGAACGUGGAGAAAGAGGACCGCCAGGAUCUGAUGGUUUACCUGGAGUUAGAGGGUCAGAUGGAUUAAAUGGAUUACCAGGAUCACCUGGUUCUCCGGGAGACCGUGGUGACGAAGGACCAAAUGGACCACCUGGUGAUAAUGGUGCAGAUGCUAUUGUUCCAUCCGAUUUAGUCAGAGGACCACCGGGUAGAAAAGGUGAUCAAGGAGAAAAAGGUGCUCAAGGAGUAAAAGGAGACAGAGGAUCCGAUGGCCAGCCAGGUCCCAUGGGCUUAAAUGGUAUGCCUGGUAAAAAAGGAGAACUAGGCCGAAUGGGUUCACCAGGAAUCGACGGAAUGCCCGGGGCAGAUGGAGUUCCUGGUCUUCCUGGUGCAAAAGGAGCAUCUAUCAAAGGAGAAAAGGGAGAGCAUGGUGACUUUGGGCAAAAGGGUGAUAAGGGUUAUUCUGGAAGGGGAGGAGAAAAGGGUGAACCUGGACAAUGUCCAAAUGAAUUAAAAGUUCUCACAAAAGGAGAGAAGGGAAAUCAAGGACCCCAAGGUGUACAAGGACCACAGGGAAUACCUGGUGAUAAAGGUGAUAGAGGUUUAAUGGGAAGAACAGGAGAUAAGGGUGAAAAGGGAAUAACGGGCCUCGCGGGUCCGGUUGGACCACGAGGUGCUCCAGGGUACAAAGGAGAUAAGGGUGAAUUGGGUGCCAUGGGCUUCCCAGGUACAGCUGGUUUGAUUGGGCCCAGAGGAUAUCCAGGCCAACCAGGUCUUAAGGGAGAUACAGGAGAAACAGGACCGUCAAUGCCAGGACCACCCGGGCCAGUUGGAUUAAAGGGUCUAAAAGGUGAACCGGGUCUAAGAGGAAUUGUAGGAACACCUGGAUUUGACGGUCCUCCAGGACCUGCUGGUUUGAAUGGUGAAAAAGGUGAUUUGGGCUUAACAGGUCAACCAGGAUGGCCAGGUCCUGUAGGACCUAAAGGGGAGCCUGGUCCUGUGGGUCCACCUGGAGUUCCCGGUAUACGUGGGACUCCAGGACUAAAUGGGCCUAAAGGGGAGCAAGGAUAUCAAGGAUUGCCGGGCAAAGACGGAGUAAUAGGCCUUCCUGGACCCAAAGGAAAUCCAGGGGUUCCAGGAAACGAUGGACCAAAAGGCUUGACUGGGGCUCGAGGCCGACCAGGUCCACGUGGAUUGCCUGGAAUAGACGGCAGUCCUGGUGAAAAAGGAGACAAAGGAGAUUUGGGAUCACCAGGUAUUAAUGGAGAACCAGGAUUAGAUGGACUUCCGGGGCCAGUUGGCUUACCGGGUCUUAAAGGAGAUAUGGGUUGGCGAGGACCACCAGGUUUGCCAGGUACACAAGGCUUACCAGGAGAUAAAGGAGACCAAGGUUAUCCAGGUUUAAGUGGGCCUAAGGGUGAACCAGGACUGGUAGCAGAUAAAGGAGAAAAGGGUAACGCUGGAUAUCCAGGUUCACCUGGAAUUGAUGGAUUACCAGGAAUAGACGGCGAAAAAGGUGAUAAGGGGGAUGCUGGGCUACCUGGACUUAGUAUACCAGGACUCCCAGGUCCUAAAGGUGAUAUGGGACCAAUUGGUCCCAGAGGUUUUACUGGCUUGCCUGGAGAUAAAGGAGAUAAAGGGUUGGCAGGUCUACCUGGAUAUAAAGGUGAUAGAGGACAAAUUGGUGCACCGGGUAUCCCUGGCCAACCAGGAUUAGAUGGCAUGCAAGGUCCAAAGGGAGAAAGGGGAUUCACUGGGUUGGACGGUGAGACUGGUGAAAGGGGAGAAAUCGGUUUAGCAGGAAGGGAUGGAGAAGAUGGAGCUAAAGGAGAAAGAGGCCCAAUGGGGCCAAUUGGUAUGGUAGGACCGAGAGGCUAUCAGGGCGAAAAGGGUGAUACAGGGUUACCAGGUUUAUCUAUCAAUCAAAAAGGAGAUACUGGUGAUAUUGGACCACCAGGAUUGCCUGGACUUCCUGGACAAAAAGGAAACCAGGGCAGACAAGGCUUGCAAGGUAUUCAAGGUGAAAAAGGAAAUCAAGGAUUACGGGGCUCAAAGGGUGACAUGGGUCGACCGGGCAGAACAGGUGACAAAGGUGAACAAGGGCCAACAGGACCCAUGGGUAUUCCAGGUCUUACAAUAAAAGGUGAAAAAGGCUUGCCAGGAAUUCCUGGAAAGCAAGGACGUCAAGGUCCAGUUGGAUCUAAAGGUGAAAAGGGAGAACAAGGUUUGACAGGAUUACCAGGUCCAGUUGGUCGUCAAGGUCUCCCAGGCCCAACAGGGAAACAAGGAGAAAAAGGAGAUCAAGGGAUUGAAGGUCUUCCUGGUCCACCAGGUUAUGAUGGUACACCUGGUCAGCCAGGAGAACCUGGUAGAGACGGUGAGAAAGGUGAUAAAGGAGAUCGUGGUGCCACCGGCUUUGGUUUGCCAGGGGAAAGAGGUCCAAGGGGUUUGACAGGUCGUCCAGGGCUUAAUGGACAAAAGGGUGACAAAGGAGACAGAGGACUUGACGGAAUUAAUGGCGUUCCAGGCUCUAUUGGUCCACAAGGGGAUAAGGGUGAUCAAGGCCCUGCAGGUGAUAUUGGUCCAGUCGGUUUCGAUGGAGAAAAAGGAAAUAAGGGUGACGCUGCAGCAAUAGUUUAUGGCCGUAAUGGAGAACCAGGACCUAGAGGGCCACCAGGAAGCGACGGACUCCCGGGUCCUCCAGGCUUACCAGGAGCUAACGGUUUGGACGGUAAGCCCGGUGAAAAGGGAGAUCAAGGUUUUCCCGGUCCUAGAGGAUAUCCAGGACCCAUUGGCCCUCCAGGUUUACAAGGACUUCAAGGUGAUAGAGGUGACAUUGGGCGAACUGGGCAACCUGGUGAGCGCGGUCCUCCAGGGGCUCCUUGUGUUACAACAGAUUACCUUACAGGAAUUCUUUUGGUUAGACACAGUCAAACAGAAAUGAUUCCUCAGUGUGAACCAGGUCACGUUAAGUUAUGGGAUGGUUAUUCUUUAUUAUAUAUUGAUGGAAACGAAAAAGCACAUAAUCAAGACUUAGGAUAUGCCGGCUCCUGUGUACGCAAGUUUAGCACAAUGCCAUUCCUCUUCUGCGACCUUAACGACGUUUGCAAUUAUGCAAGUAGAAAUGACAGAAGUUAUUGGCUAUCCACCAAUAGUCCAAUUCCCAUGAUGCCUGUGCAGAACAAUGAGAUUGCGAGAUAUAUUUCAAGGUGCGUGGUGUGUGAAGUGCCCUCAAAUGUCAUCGCAGUACACAGCCAGUCAUUAGACAUACCGAGCUGCCCCGUUGGGUGGAACUCACUAUGGAUCGGAUACAGUUUUGUCAUGCAUACUGGAGCUGGGGGUAAUGGUGGAGGGCAAGCGCUAGCUAGUCCUGGUUCCUGUCUUGAAGAUUUCCGAGCAACACCAUUCAUUGAAUGUAAUGGAGAAGGGGGCACAUGCCAUCACUUUGCUAAUAAGCUUAGUUUUUGGCUUACGACGAUCGACGACAACAAACAGUUUGCAAUGCCCGAACGAGAAACAUUAAAAUCUGGUCGCUUACUACAAAAAGUAUCAAGGUGUGCAGUGUGCAUUAAGAACACAACUUAAUAUUAGAUGACAGAUUAGAUAACAUAAUAAUUAUUCACCAGCAAAUUAUAUGUUGAAUGUUUAAGCUAAUAAAAUCUAUGAAUUAAAAUGAGGAUCGAGUAAAAAUUAGCUUAAUCGUCGAAAAUACCAAAGCAAAUAUAUUAUAAUUAAGGUUUUAACUUACUUUCUUAGACUAAACAAAUUAGAUAUUUACAAAUAUAGAUAUAGCACGUCAAAUUUAUUAUUUUGCUAAAUAGCAUCGGAUAUUGUUAUAUUGGUUUUCCCUCUUUUAUGUUAUAUAUUUAAACUUGAUUCAAAACCGAAUAUUUUAUUGAAUGGGCAUAAUUAAGGAUAUUUUAAAGUAAUUCCAAAUAAUAUUCGACAAUUUCAAACAAUAUUAAGGCAACAUAGAAUUGUAAAUGAAUGGAAGGCAAAAUAUCUUUGUAGACACAUAAAAUUUGUAGGCAGCAAAAAUACAGUUUUGAUUGUUUCAAUUAAAUUCUUCUCUUUAAUACAAAUCACGAACGUUUGUUAGUUAACCAUUUAAAUAUGCUUAUUAAUAACUUCCUCGAUAUCUGAUAAAUGUUAUAAUAGAUUAUAUUUAAUCUGAAAGUAAUUCUUUUGGUUAUUGUUAACCAAGUUAAUAUCUCUAACAUUAAAAUCUUUAUAUCCAUCUUGUAUGACAUAUAUUAGUUAUUUUUUUUCCAUAUUUCACUAUUUAUACGUCCACUUUUGUAUAAGCACUUCCUACGCAGUCAGCUAGCGUCCUAAUCUAGAUAAUAUAUAAAAGUAAUAAAAUUACCAAAGAACUGUCAAAAGCAAUAAUACAAUAUUAGCUUGCAUACAUAUUUUUUUUUUAAUUCACUACUUCUGACAGUUAAUGUUUAUAAACUUUAUUUUUGUAAAUAGAAAUCUAUAGUAGUCUUAGUUGUUUCUUAGCCUAUUAUAGUUUCCAGAUAAAACUUGCAUUUUGUUUGUAUGAAAUCUCCUAACUACAGGCACAGUAGAUAUAUGUGCAUAUGUCUACUGUGCUAUAGGGUUAUCCAAAAUAUAUGAGAUGUAUAAUGCCUGCAACCUGCAUCAGAGUAUUAUUUUAUCAUAAAUACAAUUUGAAUGUUGACUUUUCUCAUUUAUUAUUACGUGGAAAAAUUGUACAAAAUGAAAAUGGUUGUACAUUGUACAAUCUGCAAAGAAGUCAUCCGUCGGCAAUGACUCUCGCAGCUCGAAGGACCAAAAAAACACGCCCACAGAAAACAGCUACAUAGUCACACCCAGAAAUGUCUGCCUACGGAACAUUAUUUUUAUUUGGUCAUAUAAUAUACAUACAAAUUUCUGUGAUCUCUUCUGCCCGUUGUACAAUUCCGUUGUUACUUGACUCCAGUUAUUUGCAACUGUAUCUUGGUGCUCCGAUGUCCUAGCGUAACAUUCUAUUUUAUUUGCAGUUGGUAUUUUUAUUUGCUUUCAAUUAAAUGUGUCAAGUUCCUAACAGAUGCUCACACCCACCUAAAUACACCAGAUUCAAGUGUUUGUAAUCUGUUUGCUAUUUCCUGUAAUCUACCUUCUAUGUUCUACCCUUAUAUACUACCCGAUAAUAUUUAUAAUAAACAUAUUUUAUAGACUCCAUGCGUACCUACAGCAUCUUUUAUUUUAUAGCAGUUUAGUUUAUGUUUCUAUAACCCUGUAAAUAGCCUAUUUAUAAAGGACACUAAUUGUAAUGCUUAUAAAUUUAUAAUAAACUAAUCAAAUCUAUUUUAAUAUACCAUAGCUGAAGUAGGUAACAUCUUACUGUGUAAUGCUUUAUGUUUUCUAAGCACUGCCAUGUAGAUAAUAGGUGCCUAAUGUAAUUUGAAAUAACUUUCUUACUUUUAAGGUUUCCACACCAUAUAUAUAUAUUAAAUUAAA